AUGAAAAAAGACCAAUUCAAUCCAAAACUCGCAAGAAAUAAGAAAACGACAAAAAGGAAAACCAGGACAAAGAGAAAUGCCAUUACGAAGUGGCAUGGAAAGUGGAAAGAAAAAGCUUCAAAGAAUCAAGAAACUAACUUUAGAUCAAAGCAUAAAGAUAAACAUGGGCUCACAUGCAUGGCUUCCACAAAGCUGCAGUUGAAAUUCCCUUAA